AUGUCCCGGUUUAGCCAUCGUGCCUACUCAAGACCAAGCAGUAAAAGCAAAAUCGAAGCAGCGAGUAUUCGUGGUAGCCGUACCGACGGUUUACUUCUUCGAAACAGAGUAGGACAGCUUGAGGAAGAAGUCGCCAUUCUCAAGAAUCGUUUAAAAGAAUUGCGUAGAGCAAAAAAUGACGUGACGGUUAGACAUGUGAGAGACGCGCUUUCUUUUCCUCGGACGUCAGACCGUGUCCGCGGCGCUUGCGUGCCUGCUCCAAGUGAGACAAAGGAGCUGCUGCCCAGGUUACAUACUGAAAAAUGUGCUGAUGGAGCGUUUGGCAUGAUACAGAAAGAGAAUGAGCAACUGAAAAGAAGGAUUGCUGAUCUCUCACACUCGUGUGCACAAUCCAAAGUCGAGAACACAAGGCUACAGGAGGAAAACAAACGACUGUCGUUGAAAGUGCAUGAGCUAGUGGAGGAGUUGAGCAUAAAGGAGGCCGAAUGGUGUGAAAAGGAAGAAAAAUUGAAACUAAAGUUGCAGAUGAGUUGGGGAGAGCGUUAUCAUGAGUGGAUGCAUCAAACUGAGCUCAAAAUUCAAGAACUACAACAAACCAACUUUUUGUUACGUAAAAUGAUUUGCAAGAGCUCUGAAUCUGACCAAAUUGACAAGAAUGAAGAAACUUGCUAAUCAAGGUUUCUAUCUAUGCUAUUUGUGUUAUCAAAUUGAUGUACUUCCGUGUGCCAUUGCCAUUGAAAUACAUGCACAUGUUUUCACAUGUGUGCAAUUGGAACUUCUGUUUCAGUUGUGAAUGAUGCACUGAAGCUAUAGGACAGUUUAAGACUUUUUUUAUGAAAUUUUUGAGACUUUUUGUAUUUUUGACGUUUACUCAGAUCUAUUGUAGUGGCUUGUAGUAGUAUGGGCUGCUAUACCUACUGGCUCUAAGUCUCUGUUUCAGAUUGAGAACUAUGCCACUCGGUGUUCAAGGCCUAUACAGUGACAUGUCUGUAUUAAUUUAAAUAAACAAAUAGUUAUUGUAUUGUCAC